GAGAAAAGUGCACGACGAUAGAAACAAAGCAGGCGAGGGACACGAAGGCACGUAGAUCUUACGGAAAAUGGUUUUCUUCUUCGAAUGCAGCGGUCACUGCGACGCACUCAGACAUAAACACGACAAAAACCGAUGCACUGUCGCCUUCCCCUUUGUGUGUGGUUGCUGCCUGGCUGCGUGUGUGAAUGGAUGCACUCACUCAGAUCCCCGGUUUGUGGUGUACAUGGGACGGGACAAGUUUGAGAAUGAAAACCUCAUCGAAUACGGAUUCCCAGGCUAGCAAUACAAACAAAUACCGACCGUGGAUGGGAUGAAUGGCAUACAAAUGCACCCAUCUAACCCUUCCCUUACUGCCAUGCCAUGCUUGGCUGUCUGUGUGUGUGUGUGUGUGUGUGUGUGGUGUAUGCAGAGGACAUCUGGUUUCAUGUUGACAACUUGUCCUCUGCCCAUGUGUACCUGCGGCCUCCCCGGCCGUGGGACGACCCAUCCUUCAGCAUCGAGGCCAUACCGCCCGACGUCCUCUCUGACAUGUAUGUCUGUAUGUAUGUGCAGAGGCGCUCAGUUGAGGCAGCCCUGAGUGGGUUGGUGAGGCGAGGCGCCUGCUCGAUCAUUCUGUGCUGGCUGUGCAUGGCUGUGAUGGCAUGGCAGGUGUCAGCUGACGAAGGCCAACUCCAUUGAAGGUUAGUGGAUGGACGAGACAAGACAAACAUCCAUCCCAUCAAUCCGUCCAUCCAUUCAUUCCACCAUCCUGUUGCUGUCGUGCAUGCCUGGCUGUCUGCCUGUCUGUCUGUCAGGGUCGAAGCAGUCGUCUGUUGACAUCGUGUACACGCCCUGGGGCAACUUGCGGAAAGACCAAAACACUAUGGUCAGCCAAUACUCAUCUGUGUGGUUGCCUGCCACGUACGUUGUGUGUGUGUGUGGUGUUCACACAGGACACGGGUACGGUAGGUUUCCAGGACAUGAAGCUUGUGUUCAAGAAGAAGGACGUCAAGAGGGACAAAGACAUACUCAAGAGGAUAGAGAAGGUCAGUGGCUGACGCACACAAGGCAGGCACUGCACUGCACUGCAUUACACACAGCCUACGCCACAUCACAUUCAUAUGUGCGGUUCGGUUCCCCUCUCCCUCCUCUCCCAUGUGUGUUUCGACAGACCAAGAAGGAGAGCUUCCCUGACUUCGCAAGUGAGAGAAGGAGCUGGCCUGCAUGACCCGACCCCUUGAGAUACCGUCUGUGUGGCUGUCCUGUUGUGUGUGUGUAUCCCCCAGAGGAGAAGGAGGCGCGUGAUGUGGAGGAGCGGCAUCAGAAGAAGAAGGUGCUGCGGGAGCAGAAGCAGGAACAGAAGGAGGAACAAAAGAGGAAAGAGGAGGAGAGAAAGGUAAGUAAGGCACACACACAUAGCAUACACUACACGCACACAUACGGGAAGGAAGGAUGGCGGCAUACACAAACGGGGUCGGGUCAUGGUGUGCAUGGCAUGGCAUGGUGGCCAAUAACCGAACCGUCAGCUCAAGUCCUACGACUCGCUGUUUGCCAGCACCGACCAGACAGAAACCAACGAGGUGAGCGACACUCCACUCCACUCGCCCGAUAACAAACAAUAUACUCUCUCUCGCUCUGUUAUCCGUGCUGUGCCGGUGUGUGCGUGUGUGUGAUGUGACUGACGUGUGUGGGCUGAGUAGCUGAAGGGAGGUGGGACGAUAGAGGAAUGCAAGGCGGCCGAAGAGGACUUCUUAUGACGGACGGACGGACGGAAGGGGCGAUUGGUCUGUCUGUCUGUCUGGCUGGCUGUGUGAGUGUGUGUGUGCGUGUGGAUGGCAAAUGCCAUGAGUCCGUCCGUCAAGACUGACUGUCGACCCUUUGCUACCUACCAUUAUUUGUAAAUGAAUGGAUGACUGACUUGACAGCCCGACUGACAGAUAAAUGUCCAACACGCG